UCCCCCCCGCGGCGCGCCCGCCGCCCCGCCGGGGAAGUUGCGCUCCGUCCCUCGCGCUCCCCGGUCCCUCGGCGACGGCUCCUUCCUCCCCCUCCCUCCAAUGCGCCUCCCGCUCAUUUCCUCUUUUCCUCUCCGCUCGCCGCCGCUCCGCAGGCGUGCGGCUCGCCCGGGCGCCCUCCUCGCCGCCGCCGAGUUGUAGCUCCCAGGAAGCCGCUGCCGCCGCCGCGGGACCCCACUCCGCUAGCCGGGAAGUCGAACCGCUUGGACUUUCUCUCAAGAGGUUCCAAGAUAGGUGCAUGCUAGUAACUGAGAGAGCCUAGAGGGGAGGAAAAGAGGCCAAAUGAAAUGAGCUGCUGAACCCAGACCCAGGAGAGGAUGGGGAAGCAGAACAGCAAGCUGCGCCCCGAGGUGCUCCAGGACCUGCGCGAGAACACCGAGUUCACGGACCACGAGCUGCAAGAAUGGUACAAGGGCUUCCUGAAAGAUUGCCCGACGGGCCAUUUGACUGUAGAAGAGUUCAAAAAAAUAUACGCCAAUUUUUUCCCUUACGGCGACGCAUCGAAGUUCGCGGAACACGUCUUCCGCACCUUCGACACCAACGGUGACGGCACCAUUGACUUCAGGGAAUUCAUCAUCGCCCUCAGCGUCACCUCCCGGGGCAAGUUGGAGCAGAAGCUCAAGUGGGCCUUCAGUAUGUACGACCUGGAUGGCAAUGGGUACAUCAGCCGCGGGGAAAUGCUAGAAAUAGUGCAGGCAAUCUACAAAAUGGUUUCAUCAGUAAUGAAAAUGCCUGAAGAUGAAUCCACUCCCGAGAAGCGAACAGACAAGAUUUUUAGACAGAUGGACACAAACAACGAUGGUAAACUGUCUCUGGAAGAGUUCAUCAAAGGUGCCAAGAGCGAUCCCUCCAUCGUGCGGUUGUUACAGUGCGACCCCAGCAGCGCGAGCCAGUUCUGAUGAGAGCGGACAGUGUUCACAGAGAGUCGAUCUGGGCUCGUGUCCUUCAAGCUUUGCUCGCAAACGGAUGCCUUCUCAACCAGCCCUCCACACUUGACCGAUAAGAUCCCAUUGCCAGAUUGUGCGUGUGUGUGCGUGUGCGCGUGUGCCUGAGCGAACCAGCCCUCGCUCCCCUCACUAACACCAGUGCAGCUCUCCUUUGGCAGCUCCGUUUCCGCUUCUCCCGUAAUGUUCCGACUCACCCUACACAUUUGAAAUGUUAAUGGAAAGGUAUGUUUACAUGCAGCUACAAAAGAGUUCCAGUCGCUGGCGAGAUACCACUUCACUUAGUCCCUGCGAGAGGUGAUGUUCCAGUAGUUCCCGAGAAGAUGCUAGGUAGGACUUUUACCCGACAUAGCAGAUGGUAGAUAAUUUAUUUUGCUUCAUGAAUUACUAUGUUAAAAAAAAAGAAGAAAAGGACUGAAUGAAGUAGAAAGUUAAAAAAAAAAAAAAGAAAAAGGAGAAAAGAAAAAAAAAAUAACAAACCAACAGCUUUCCUGGGCAUGGUUCCAAUUUUCUUUUUGAGGAAAAUUGCUUGCACUUAUCUAAUGAUCUUUACUUUCUUUUAAUAUAUAUAUAAAUUAUAUAUAUAUGGUGAAGUAAAAUUUUAAAUAUUUAGGUCAUCUAUUUAAGGCAUCAAAUAGAAUCCGAGCUUUGUUUCUUCUAGUUGUCUGUGAUUUAUUCAGAUCUUGGAGAUUGGUUUUUUUUGUGAUAUUUAUGCAUUAGCAAAUUGCCGUUCCAAAAGAAAUGCAUGACUAGCAGUUUGUGGGUAUUUCACUCUGUUUAAUUCCUGAAUGCAAAUACUUGUUCAUUUUUACUGUCAAUUGUUCCAGCGUUACUGUAUUAACAAAAGACCCGAGAGGAGUUCAUCCUCAUUUUGUAUUUCUCAGUGGAGUCCUACUUUCUGGUGGUUGCUGCGUUUAAUGGCUUUUGAGUGCCCUGAGGUGACGUGACUCGCACCGCUGUUCUCGACUUGGCUACACCUCUUCCCUUUUGCUGUCGAUAUGUUAAUAGUCUUGUGCAUUCCAGUGUUAUUUAAUAUCUGCCUAAUGCCAAGAAAUAUUAAUUGAAAUAAAAGACUACUUUUCUUGUCA